ACAGGUCAACAACCGUCCAUUUAAAACCAAUGGAGCGUGUAUUACACAUCCAUACAAUCGAGUCAAGGGGACAGGUUUACUUUUCACCCAAGGGUGAGAAAAGUGGGAUAUCUCCAGAGAGUCGCACCUUUAGAUGGGUGUGGCAAAAAAAGUCAGGAUCUGCCCCUAUAAAGCACUUGGCCUCUCACUUGCCAUCACCUCACUUGUAUUUAAAUCUCGGGAGUGCACUAACGCCACGAUGCUGACUUUUACCCAGCUGAUCAUUUUGCUUUUUUGGACGAGCAUUGGCUCAGCUGAUGCGGAGAAGCUUUUCCACAACCGGGAUCAUUCUGACGUUCAAGCCCUUAGUUCUCACCAAGCUGAGGUCAUAACAGACACGUACACAGCAGAGGUAUAUCUCUCUAGAUAUGGAUUUAUGAAGCCGGUGAACUGGGAGGAGAUCCAGUUUGAAGAUCCACACACGAAUUUCAAUGAUGACUUCGUGGAUGAACUCCAAGCCACGAUCCGAGAGGGGAACUCGGUGCCUCGUUCACGGGACACUCCUAAAGACGGUGAUCGAGAUGAGCACACGACACAAACCGAGAGCGAAGCGUUUGUUUCUGCACUGACAGAGUUUCAGAAGGUGUCGGGCCUGCCCGUCACAGGGGUGUUUGAUGAGGCCACCAAGCUGGCGAUGAACAAACCAAGGUGUGGGGUCCCUGACAUGGAGAUUGACCUGAACACCCCGGCAGCAGCCGCCUCAGAUAUUUUAAGCAGCCCUACCAGCGACUCUUUUAAUGAGACUGGCAGUAACAGCACGGCAAGUGAUGUGGUCAGUGAUGCUUCCUUUGGUGCAGCAAACUCCUCUGAAGACGACAUAUUCGGUUUCAACGACACAGAAAGUGCCCUAACGGGAAUUCCGAAUGACACUGGCAUGAAUUACACAGACGAAUUGAACUUAUUCAACGACACCUCUCUGAACAGCUCGCACCCUGACGCCGUGGACGGUCAAGUGGCGAAUGUCAGCGCCAGCGCGCGUCAGAGCGAAGCAGUGCGACGCAGGAAACGCCACCUCGCCGCUCUCGUGUCCAAACGGAGACGCAAGAGGGACGUGGGUGAGACCGGCUACAUGGCCUUCUCGAAGAAAGUGCUGAGGUGGAGGCUCAUAGGAGAAGGCUACAGCAGCCAGCUGAGCGUCGAGGAGCAGAGGUUCAUCUUCAGACAGGCCUUCAGGAUGUGGAGCGAGGUGUCACCGCUGGAGUUUGUGGAGGACACGCGCUCCCCGCUGGAGGACGUUGACAUCAGGCUGGGCUUUGGUACAGGAAGGCACCUGGGAUGCAAUCAGCGGUUUGAUGGCACCGGUCAAGAAUUCGCCCACGCCUGGUUCCUGGGCGAUAUACACUUCGACGACGAUGAACAUUUCACUGGUCCCAAUGCUGGCAGUGGGAUCAGCCUCCUCAAAGUGGCGGUUCAUGAGAUCGGCCACGUCCUGGGUCUCCCCCACAUAUACAGACCUGGAUCCAUAAUGCAGCCCAGCUACCUGCCACACGAGUCUGGCUUUGAGAUGGACUGGAUGGACCGGAAGGCUGUACAGCACCUCUACGGGGGCUGUAAGGGUCGGUUCAACACAGUGUUUGACUGGAUCAGAAAGGAGAAGACGCCCUACGGGGAGGUGGCCAUCCGCUUCAACACCUACUUCGUGAGAGACGGCUGGUACUGGCUGUAUGAGAACAGGAACAACCGAACGCGCUACGGCGAUCCCGUCGCGCUGCAGGCCGGCUGGCGCGGGAUUCCCGUGGACGGAGUGGACGCGCAUGUGCACGUGUGGUCCAGAAGGAGAGAUGCUGUUUACUUCUUCAAAGGUACUCAGUUCUGGAGGUACGACGGUGAGAAUGACGUGGUAUUCAGACAGGACCCGGAAGGUCGCCGCUAUCCACGGUUAAUCUCCAAAGGUUUCCCCGGCGUGUCCAGUCCCAUUGACACAGCCUUUUAUGACAGGAGGGACUCCCACAUCUACUUCUUCAAGAACACCCUCGUGUACGCCUUCGACGUCGAGGCCAACAGCUUGGCGAGAGGCUUCCCCAAAAACAUCAGAGACGUUUUCCCGGCGGUGGCGAGCGGAGACCAUCCAGAUGGCAACAUCGACGCUGCCUACUUCUCCUACACCCACAAUGCUGUCUUUCUGCUGAAGGGCGCGCGCUUCUGGCAGGUGGUGGGCAGCCGCGAUCGCUGGCGCCGGCCCUCCCUGCCGCGAAAUGGCCUGCUGCCACACAAGGAGGUGCAUCGGCACUGGUUCGACAUCUGCAACGUUCAUCCCACGGCGCUCAAACUGACCCGCUGAGGGUGUUGAAGCAGAGCAGUGAUAAAGCCUAGUGAUGUGUACCGAUGUGGUCCGCCGAUCUACCAGUGUGUGUGUAUACAGGUUUCCAUGUGUUUGGAUCAUCCAUUACAUACUUCUUUUGUCAUAUUUAUUGUUCAAAAUGCAAAAACAAUAAAGAGAGUGUUUUGUUGGCUGA